CGCACGGUGAGUGUUGAUCAAACAAUAUCGCACGAAACCAUGCAUUGUCCAGCGGGUAGUGAUCGUUGCCUAGAGAUCGUCCCCGAUAAUCCAUUUGAUCACACCGUUUGUGUAGAAGGUGAGACGAUCACGCCAUUACAGGUUCACACACACGCCAAUGGAAAAGUUGUGUUUAAAAGUGUUAUUAGCAAGUUGACUGAACAACAGUAGCAGCAUGUCUUCGACGGAAAUCGAGCAAACAGCAGUGUUGGUAGAACAGCUUGCUCAGUUGUGCAUGAACGCCGACAAUGCGGACGUCACCUUUACAGUGAAGGGUCAACAUCUGCCAGCGCAUCGGAUCAUUCUGGCGACCAGAAGUGAAUAUUUCCGGGCCUUAUUAUUUGGUGCGCUGAAGGAGUCAAAGCAGAAUGAGAUUACACUGCAUGUUUCGGUCGACGCGUUCAAGUAUCUGAUGAAGUACAUCUACACCGGCAGUUUGUCACUGAAACAGAUGAAGAUCGGCGACAUUAUAGAUACACUUGAGUUAGCUCAUCAAUAUGGGUUCAUCGACCUACAGAAGGCUUUAGCAAAUCACCUGGGCAAUGUUAUUGGCAUGAACAAUGUGUGCGUUAUUUUAGAAACGGCUCGUUUACUAGACCUUACCGAACUGUCUUCCACGUGCUACACGUUUAUGGACGAGAAUGCGAACAGUAUCAUUCAGUCGUAUAACUUCCGUCGCAUCUCCUACGAGGCCCUGUUCGGUUUAUUGCAGCGGGAUACUUUCGCCGCUGAUGAAUUCGAUAUUUUCAACGCCGUUCGUGAUUGGUAUUUAUACAAUGCAGACAAACCGAGUAAAGCAAUGCAGACAAACCGAGCUGAAAAGCUCUAUAACCUGGUACGGUUUACGCUGAUGUCUCAGCAUGAAUUGUUGAAUGUGGUGCGGAGUGCGAAUGUACUGAGCCCCAAUCGUUUGCUGGACAUAUUGGCUGAGAAAGAAAAGCUAACCGUAUUACCAUAUCGUGCUGUAUCCUGUUUGCCAGAGCGGAUUAUAGACUGGAAUAAAAUUAAGUGGUCUAACUCAUCUUCAGGCUCAUGUAGCCGAAAUGGUGAAAUCGAUUUGGGUAAUUACUUCAAAGUCAACGGUAUCCAAGUUGAUAGAAGGAGGAAGGGAAGAAAAUUCUAUCACCAAACAAACUAUACCGUAAGAGUGUCCGUCGAUAAAGAGUGUUGGACCAAAGGCGUCACAUGUGAAGCGCACUCACCAUAUUUAACCGUAGCCCAUUUUGAAAUAAGUAUUGUUCGUUACAUUCGCAUUCAGCAUGUUAAAGAUGUGUCUGAAGUUGGAGUAAUUAAAGCUAUAUUUUAUAAACCCAACUGUGGCUGCAAGACUGGUGAGCAAAGUGGCAAAAUGUAAUAGAACCUUAUAUUAGUGUAGGAGAUAGUUCUGAUAGUUGAAGAUGCGCAUGAUAAAUAGGUACAGUGAUCUUUUGACAAUUAACUUCUUUUAAAAUCGAACGCUUUUUCGACAGCUAAUCUCUUUGCUUGCUAAUCCAUAUGU